AAUGGUUAAAGUACAUUGAUGGUUGAAUAAAUUAAUGACUGAGGAAUGAAGUAAAAGGUUAAUUUCCUGACUUCACCUCAUGUUCAUUUAUUUAAGAUUCACAGGACUGUCUGGGCUGAGAUUUUGCUUUUAUAAGUCUGAUCAAACUGCUUGCAACUGAAACAGCCUGCAGAGGGAGACAGUCUCCUUUACAUGGGUGCUUUCUGUUUUCUGACUCUCACACUGAACACCCGAAACAAAAGAAACUUCCAGAAGCCAGCAGUACAAGUAUAUGUACAUGUAUGUCUUGCCAUAAUAGAUUGGGUGAGGUAAACAAACCAAAAAUGUAAAGGUUUUCUUAUUAAGGCUAUUUUAAUUAUUUAUUGAUUGAGUGCAAGUUAAAAAACAAGGGGCCAUUUUUAUUCUGUAGGUAGUGGGCAGAUAUUAGAUAAGUCAUCCCAAAAAAUAAUAUAUGAUUAAUAUUACAAAGACUUAUCAUCUGUGUGCCAUUUUCUUGGAAAACUUAAAUGUAUAGCUAUAUUGAUAAUUAACCCUCUGAAACCUGGAGCAACAUCGGUUUUCUUGUGCUGCUAUCAAAUGCCUUUCACAAGUAUUUUAUACCUUUGAACCCAGAGCAAAAAACACGGGAAAAAGGCAUUGAGUAACUCCGUUAAAAAAGGGGCAAAAAGCAGAUUUUCAGGAAAUGUUCUUGUAUUCUUAUUAAUGUCUUGCUAAUUUUGGGGCAAUUUCGUCUUCCGUCGCUCAUUGCCUACUUACCGUGUUUUGGAAAGAAAUCAAGCCUAUUUACUGAAAUUUUAAGGGGUUAAUGGCCCAAUCAAAAGUUGUAAAAUCUUAUUAAAAUAGUUUUAAACUGUCACAAUUUUUAAUUUGACUUACGUAUUGCUGACUGGUCUAUAAUGAGAGCCGUCUUUGGUGCCAUUUGUUUAUCAGAGGAAAGUCACUUUUUCAGGCAUUUUUUUAGUGAAUUUAUUCAAAGGGAGAAGAAACCUGAUUUCUCUUUUGCCAGUUUCCUCAGAUUUAACAUUUGUGUCACGAAACAACAACUUUUUUAAACUUAACGAAAUCGUGUUAAAAUGACGUGAAGUCAAAAGUUAUUUCUGGUGUUUGAGGCGACCCUCGGGACUCCCUGAAGGAGCCUCGCGGGGGGAGCAGUGAUUGUACUCCGGCCAUUCAUGUCUUGGAGGGGAGGAGUUAGCGGAGCCUGAGAGGGGUCAGAACAAAAUGUGUGUCCCCGACUAGGGCAACAUUAUUUCCGCCCUGGUCCGGUGCCGUCCUGAGUGUCUUUUAAAUGGACUCUAACACGAGUCGAAGCUGAUAUCGUUGUGACUGACAGGUCUGCUCUCCGCCGCUCGCUCCUCACCGUCUGAACCUACGCAGAGGAUGGAUGGAAACGUUUCACCGGCUGCUGUCUUCUCCGUAGUCCUGAUCACCGUCGUGUUGUCAUCCUCAGCUGCUUUCCUGGAGCCUUACGACCUUUUAUAUGACAAUGCCGUGCAGGCGUUUUACAACAACGACUACACAAACGUGGUGCGCUACAUGGAGGCAGCGCUCAGCAGCUACGCAGAGGUCCGACGCACUAAGGUCCGGUGCCGGCUGAGGUGCCAGGACCAGCAUCCUUUUGAUGGGACGUUCUCGGAGCUGCGCUUCCCAGACGUGGUGCUUCGGAGAGCGGCGUGUAUGAACACAUGCAUCGAGGAGAAACUUGGCACUCAGUCUUUGCACAAAGUCAGCGAGGAUGUGGUGCAGGACUUCAACAGGAGGAUCCCCUACAACUAUCUGCAGCUGGCGUAUCAGAAGUUGAAGCAGUCUGACAAAGCAGCGGCAGCGGCUCACACUUAUUUCCAGGCCAACCCAGAGCACGUGGAGAUGGGUCAGAACCUGGAGCAGUACAAAGACCUGCAGGGUGUUAAGGAGGAACACUUUGUGGACCGAGAAGCACGGCCUCACCAGCGCUCCUUCACAGCAGCAGUGAGGCUGUAUGAUAAAGGCGACUACGAAGGAGCCAUCGUUCUGUUUGAGGAGGCUUUGGUGGAGUACUAUAAAGCAGACACGGAGUGUCGGGUCCUGUGUCAGUGGCCCCAGAGGUUUGAGGGCCAUGACUACCUCCGCUACCGCUACAGCCUUUAUGAGCUUGUUUCAGAUCACUACACUCAGGUGCUGCACUGUGAACACGAGUGUGUUCGUGACCUCGCCACCCGCCCAGGCCGCCUCUCCCCCAUGGAGAACUACCUGCCUCUGCACUACGACUAUCUUCAGUUUGCCUACUUCCAAGUGCACAGGCUGGAAGAGGCGCUGCAGUGCGCUCUGACCUACCUGUUAUUCCAUGAGGGAGAGGAGUUCAUGACGGAAAACGUGGAUUACUACAGAGAGGUGCUGGGACAUGAUGGCAAGCCAAGAGAGGAAGCUGCACGGUACAUGAGGAGGCACAAACAGGAACUCGAGCUCCUUUUGAUCGGCAGCAAAACCAUGGAUGCAGAAUUUACAGAAGGGAAUUACUGGAGCAGCACAGGUGGAAGAGAGGACUCAAACAGGAUCCCCUCGGGUACAGAUGGCUGGAUGGAGUAUGUUCCCAUCUCAGAGAAGAAGAACGUCUCUGUCGCUGCUCCACAGCAACUCAAAGAAGGUGGCCCUUUGGUGUAUGACAGCGUGCAGCUGGUGCAGAACUCUGCAGCCUUGAACGGGACCCAGCGAGUGCUGCUGGAUCAUGUUAUAUCUGAGGAGGAGUGUGCAGACCUCAGGCACCUGGCACAUGCGGUCACCAUGGCAGGAGACGGUUACCGAGGGAGGAUGUCUCCGCACACUCCCAAUGAGAAGUUUGAAGGAGCCACUGUACUCAAAACCCUGCAGUAUGGCUAUGAGGGCAGAGUGCCGAUGAGGAGCGCUCGCCUAUUCUACGAAAUCAGUGAGCGAGCAAGACGGGUUAUGGAGUCUUACUUCCUGCUGAACUCCACCCUGCACUUCUCCUACACACACUUGGUGUGCCGGACAGCCAUCACAGGCCAGCAAGAUCACAGGAAUGACCUAAGCCAUCCCAUCCAUGCUGACAACUGUCUGCUGGACCCCGAGGCCAACGAGUGCUGGAAAGAACCUCCAGCGUAUACAUACAGAGACUACAGUGCACUGUUAUAUCUAAAUGGAGAUUUUGAAGGGGGGGAGUUCAUAUUCACAGAAAUGGAUGCCAAAACAGUCACGGCAUCAGUGAAGCCCAGGUGUGGCAGGAUGGUGGGUUUCUCAUCAGGAGGGGAGAAUCCACACGGGGUGAAGGCUGUCACCAGCGGGCAGAGAUGUGCCGUCGCUCUGUGGUUCACCCUGGACCCGCUCUUCAGAGAACUGGAGAGACUGCAGGCAGAUGAGGUGAUCCAAGCGCUGGACACACAGGCUGUGUGGGGUCAAGGCCUCAACAUCAACCCUAAAGAUGAACUGUAGGAGCAGCUUCACCCAACCCCGUCCCCUUCUAUUAAAGGUCCAGUGUGUAGGAUUUAGGGUGAUAUAUUGGCAGAUAUACAAUAUAAUAUAAAAAGUAUAU